ACUACCAACCCGGAAGCUCUAACCCUAGAAAAUGUCAUGCACCAAAUCUCCUGACAGCUCUUCGAAACUCUUGUUCCUAUUGCUUGCUUUCUUCCUCGCCCAGCGAGUCCACUCGCUGCCUCUGUCCACGAGUGGAAGAUGGAUCGUGGACUCGGCCUCGUGGCAGCGAGUGAAGCUCCACUGCGUCAACUGGGCGGCACACAUGCCGGCGGUGCUCGCCGAGGGCCUCGACAAGCAACCCGUCGAUGGCAUCGCCGCCCGCAUCGCCGGACUGGGCUUUAACUGCGUCCGGCUCACCUGGGCCACCUACCUCUUCACCAACGAGAGCUACGAGAACCUCACCGUCUCCGACUCGCUGAGCUCGCUGGGCCUUGGAGAUGCCCUCGCGGGGGUUCGUAGGAACAACGGUCGGAUGGUGGGGAUGACGGUGCGAGAGGCGUACGACGCGGUGGUGAAGGCGAUUGGGGAGGCGGGGCUGAUGGUGGUGCUGGACAACCACGUGAGCCGGCCGCAGUGGUGCUGCGGGAACGCUGACGGGAACGGCUUCUUUGGGGAUCUGUACUUCGAUCCGGAGGAGUGGCUCCGGGGUCUGGAGCUCGUCGCCAGGCGAUACAGAGACAUCCAUCAGGUCGUAGGCAUGAGCAUGCGCAAUGAACUCCGUGGGCCGAACCAGAGUGAGCCCGCCUGGUACCGCAACAUAGGUCGUGGCGCCCAAACGAUCCAUGACACGAAUCCUGACGUGCUCAUCAUAGCCUCUGGCUUAAACUACGACACGGAUUUAAGCUUCUUAAAGAAACGGCCUCUGGAGUCCAACUUUGAUAACAAGCUAGUACUGGAGGCACACUGGUACGCGUUCAGUGACGGACGGAGCCUGGACUGGGCCGACCAGCCUCCGAACCGGGUUUGCUCGGAGCUGGUCCGGCGGUUCGAUGAGCAAGCCGGGUUUGUGGUCCACAAUCAGAAUGGGUCGGUGCUACCAUUGUUUGUGAGCGAGUUUGGAGUGGACCAGAGAGGCACGAACCGGGCCGACAACCGAUUCUUGAGCUGCUUCCUGGGCUACGCUGCGGAGAGGGAUCUGGACUGGGCCUUAUGGGCCUUACAGGGGAGCUACUAUAUGAGGGAUGGGAUUCCUGGGUCCAAGGAAACAUAUGGAGUCUUGGAUAGCAAUUGGGAUCAGGCCAAGAAUCCCAGGUUCCAAGAGAAGUUUAGACUCAUCCAAGAAAUGUUGCAAGAGCCUAGAUCAUCUACUGCGACAAACCAGAUCAUCUACCAUCCACAUAGCGGGCAAUGCGUCUCGGUGGAUGAUGACAAUAAUGUUGUUUUGAGUGAUUGCAAGAACAGGAAGUGGUGGAGUUACGACGGCAACAGGACUGCAAUAUGGUUAGCGGGUUCAACGCAUUGCUUGAGGGUGGAAGGAGAGGGACUGUCGGUGUUGCUCUCGGCCGAAUGCAAUGAUAACCAGAGUUUUUGGGGACCAGUUUCAAGCUCAUGGUUUCAAAUCAGUGGCAUGGAUGCACAAGGAAGGAAUCUGUGCUUGGAGAGGAAUUCAUCUAACUCCGAUUCUAUCUGGACCAAAGAGUGUCUUUGUUCGGAUAAUUUGGGUUGUUCUAAGAACCCUCAAACCCAAUGGUUUCGUUUUAUUCCUUCAAAUGUUGAGUGAUAUUGUCAUUGGCCAUGGAAAUAGAACUUG